AUGUUCCAUCCCGACUACCUCCAGAUGCUGCGGGAUCUCAGAAUCUACGCCUACGGCAUCAAACUCGACAUGAAUGCAUCCGGUGUCCUGUCCACGUCCGUUACUUCAUUCUUCCUCAAAACCCUAAUGGCUAGUGGUUUCACCACGGAUGACCCCGAGGAGGCCCACCUCUUCUUCGUCCCUUUGCUCCCUCCCCUAGAUCCCUCCGUCGACAGGAAAGGCGCAUCCAGGUACAUUAGGAAUCUCCGAGCGGUUUUCCCAUUCUGGAACCGGACCCUCGGAGCUGAUCACUUCUUCCUCUCAUGCGACGGGGUCGGUGUCGACUCCGAUCGGAAUCUCGUUGAGUUGAAGAAGAAUUCCGUCCAAAUCUCGUGUUUCCCUGUAAAGAACGCGCCUGAGAACUUGUUCGUUCCUCACAAAGACGUGACACUCCCCCCUCUAGUCGAAGGACUUUCAGACAUGGAGGUCGACGGCAUGGCAGAGAAGGUCCUGGCAUACUACGCCCGAUCGACGGAAGACGGCGACGACGAUGAGCUCGCCUCUUACCUGAAGGAGUUGGAGUCGCUCACGGAUUUCGUGAUCGAAUCUCGGCCGUCGGAUCCUACAACAUAUUCUCACAGGCUUUCGUCCAGCAGAUUCUGCCUCUUUUUUCACGGCGCCGGGCGGCGAGAUUGGGACAUCUGGUCAGCUAUGAGGCAUGGCUGUGUACCCGUAUUCAUUUGCAGCCGUCCGAUCCUCGACCUUCCUUUUGCAGACGUCCUGAGAUGGCGGGGGCUAGCGCUAGCGGUAGCCAUGGACGGUGGUGCCAACAGACUGGUGCGUGUACUGGAAGACACACUCUCGGGUUCAUACAAAACCAUGAGGGAUCUUGGGCGACAAGCGAGCGUCCAUCUCCGGUGGAACUUCAUUCCCCAGCCGUACGAUGCAUUCCACACAGUCAUGUACCAACUGUGGCGGAGGCGCCAUGUCGUCAGAUACGCCCGAAGGCUGCGGGAUUAG